GAGUACGCGACGAUCAAUGUGCCUGGAUCGACUUAGCUUGUUGUCGACUAGUCAGCUGGGCUAAUGGCAGACAGCCAGUCGCAUUCUCUCUGGUUUCUCCACAAUCUCGCCAAACGCCUCUGCGUCAUGGUCACGACUUGACCGCGUGCUCCAUUACCUUCCUCCGCCCUCCCCGAACUAUGUGCAUUCGCGUCCACGUCCGGACUUGACCUCGGAACGACGUUAACAAGAAAGAACCAGCAAACGAUAUCUAUUAAAAAAAAUAUGCGGCCAGCUGCACGAAGCUGUACGCCCUUCGCCCCGUCGAUAAGAAGCCGGCAAUGCUUGCGUGGUCUUGGAACACAAUCGCUUGCCGCAAGGUCCAGGCCAAUUGCCCUGAAAGCUUGCUUGCAAGGGCUACCAGAGCGACCAAUACCUUCUUUGCCUAGGAAAGAGCAUCUGGCACUUGGAAUCUCUCAUCCUUCGCUGUUUCGAGGCCCUGGAGCUCUCGCUGGGCAAGGCCAGGCGCGGUUUUUCAGAAAGGCCAACUACAUCGAAAAAAUUGGUGACAACGAAAGGACAGAGGAGAUACAGGAAAUACUUGAAGUGAAGGAUGAUGAGCAAAAUGAUCAGCCUCAACGAGAUAUACUGGAUGGAGAAGGCAAGAAGCAAUCUCCAAAAGAAUCGCAGAUGGAGCAACAGUCGGAAUACAUGAAUCGGGGAAAAAUGUUAACAACGCCCUCGCGGCUGUUCAAAUUGAUUAUUCCCCUGACGACGAUGACCAAGGAUCAUGACAAAGGGAUUGAACCGAUUGCCAUCUUAGUCCAUCCACAGCAGCCCCUGUCGUAUCUGGAACGAUUAAUCCAGUCGGAGGUACCACCUAUCGAUGGCGAGAAUAUUAAGCGCCCACCCGCUAUAUCCUUCAUUGCGCUGCAACACGAAGACAACGCAAUAAAGCCAAAGAAGAGAGCUGAAGACAAUCACGACGUGGAUUCGGACUCUCAUAACGCUGAUUCCAAACCAAAGGAAGACGGAGUUGAUCAGAAACCGGGGAGUAGGGCACCUAUUGAGCAACGGCGACGGUCUCGAGAGGAGGAUGCCGAGACGUACAGCUACCCCCGCAAGACAGACUCUAGUCUUGAUCCUCUGAACGGAGAACCAGAACGGUUCGUACGGUGGUCUCAAGCCACUGAAGUUGGCGAUUUCAUUCGCGAUGCAGCUCGCGCUCGGGAGUUUAUCGUCACCAUCGAAGGUGCGCCAGCAGGACUGGGCCAUAUCAGAGUCACGGUGCCAUCAUUCAACGAGCGCACAUAUUUCUUGCGCAUGAGGCUGCGGAAGAUAUCACGACAGAUCCAGGGAAUAGCAGAGAUCAAACAUGAAUGUGAUAACCUGGCGCAGCGCGGAGCAAGGCGUGUCGCUAUUGGCGGCUUUGGAAUUCUCGCCACUUGGUGGUUCACUGUCUACAAGCUAACCUUUGAAACGGACUUGGGUUGGGAUACCAUGGAGCCGGUGACCUACCUGGUCAGUUUGUCUACGCUGAUGGGCGGUUAUCUCUGGUUCCUAUACCAUAAUCGGGAGAUCUCCUACAAGUCCGCGCUCGACUUCACUGUGAGUGCGCGCCAGAAAAAGCUCUAUCAACAGCACAACAUCGAUUUGCAACUUUGGGAGAGCUUGAUCGAAGAGGGCAAAUCUCUUCGUCGGGAAAUCAAAAGUAUCGCUGCUGAAUACGACGCCGAAUGGAACGAGCUCGCUGAUGAACAAGAUAAGCGAGUCACUCAAGCGCUAAGAUCCGAGGGAAAGAAGGACGAACAGAAGAAGGAUAAGGGCGACAAAGAUGAAGAGGACGAUGAUUGAAAUAAAUUCAUUGUGAAUAUUUAUUCUCAUGGGUACCAUUCUGAUUAGAGUCUCUUCUUGAUACCAACUCUCACAGCGUGCAUUGCAUUACUUGUAUUAACCCACUACACUUUCCACGCUUCCCAUCGAGACCAUGACACCCGCGAGGUAAAUGCAUCAUAUCUCGAGGGUUCAAAAUGCAAUUAAUCAAACAAACCAGACCAAUGCACACAUGAUGGCCCAAAAAAUACAAGAACUCAAAGCAAUCCACACCUAGAGCGUCCCAUUUCGCACUGGAUCGUAAUAGCCUUUCUUUGGUGACGCAGUCUCUUCCACCUGCCUAGUCCUCUUGUCUAUACCUCCAGAAACCGCCCCAAAGGAUUAGCUUAUUGACGCCGACAACAAACACAUUCUCCUUGCGUAGAACUCUUACCAGACUCAGGUCCAAGCCCG